CAUAUAUUUUUUUGUGCAGUUAUUGACGUUGUCAUCAUCGUCUAUGACAUAUAGUAUGUGGCAGGAAACUCCUAUUCCAAUGUACUUCAAGUUUUACAUGUUCAAUUGGACUAAUCCACACGAGUUUUAUUCAUCAUCAGGUGUAAAACCACAUUUUCAAGAAAUGGGGCCUUAUGUUUUUCGAGAAAUUGAUUAUAAAGAGAAUCAAACAUGGAAUAGCAAUGGUACCGUCACGUUUCAAAGGAAGAAAGUUUGGAUCUUUGAGGAAUCCUUGUCUAAUGGGAGUCUAACAGACGAAAUUACCAACCUAAAUCCAAUAGUCGCGACACUUGGGUUUUCUGUAAAAUAUAAAAACACAAUUAUACGUAAAUUAGCCAACGGGCUUAUGGUGCGUUUAGGUGAGAAACUAGUGUUAACUAAAAGCGUCAACGCGCUGAUAUUCGAAGGAUUCAACGACACGUUGCUGGAUAUUGCGCGAAAGAUGAAAGUAACCAAAUUACCAUAUUCUAAAUUUGGAUGGUUCUACGCGAGAAACGGUUCAGCUAGUUACGAUGGUGUAUUUAAUAUGUUAACUGGAGCAAAUAAUUUGUAUGAAAUGGGAAUACUCAAAGAGUGGAAUUAUAGUAAUCGAACGAAAAAUUAUGAAGGUUCGUGUGGUAUGAUAGAUGGAACACUUGGGGACUUCUGGCCACCAUUGCAAGAUAAUAAAACAUUAUCUUUAUUUAUCCCUGAUAUUUGCACGUCGUUGACUUUGUCAUUUGUGAAUACAACGACAGUUCAAGGUCUAACUGGAAGGAAGUAUAUUGGAGAUAAAAGUACGCUCGAUAACGGUGAAACUGUAGUCGCCAGAAAAUGUUAUUGUCCCAAUGGAGAUUGUGGACCUAGUGGAACAUUAAAUAUUUCAUCGUGCAAGUUUGGAGCACCAGCUUUUGUUAGUAUGCCGCAUUUUUAUUUAGCAGAUCCAAGUUAUAGGGACGCCAUAACGGGAAUGUUACCAGAUGAAAAGAAACACAAAUCAUCACUUGUCCUGGAGCCGACUACAGGUAUUCCACUAUUGGUUAAGGCACAAUUGCAGUUAAAUUUAUUGGUGGAACCAGUGGAUGGCAUGAGCAUGUUCGAGAAUAUAACCAAGACUUAUAUUCCGAUGCUAUGGUUUACUCAAGAGGCUAAUUUAACUGAUACAUACGCGAACAAAGUUCAGCUAUUUUUGAUUCUUCCAUCACUAGGUACUGUAACAUUUUUCGGAAUAGCAGGAAUCGGAAUUCUAAUAUUCUUCAUCGGAUUAUUCAUUUACAUACGACAAAAAUGGAGAGGAGAGGAGAGUCAAGUGCUGAUAUCCAAAUACGAUGGUGAUGUUCGAAGAAGAGAUGAUACAUAGUAAUUGCUUCCUCUUAUGUAUAUGUGGGCGUGAUUAUUAUAAGUCAGAUGCCAAAAAUCCGAUUUAGUAUUGAGCAUGCGUAUUGUUUCUUGUAUCGUAUGAGUAAAAUACAAGAAAUUGUUUGUUCUUU